AUGCAUAUACGUACACAUACAUUACCAUGUAAAUGUAAAAUUUGUGGUAAAGCAUUUUCACGUCCAUGGCUUUUACAAGGACAUGUACGUACACAUACAGGAGAAAAACCAUUUCAAUGUGAAAUAUGUUGUCGAGCAUUUGCUGAUCGUUCAAAUUUACGUGCACAUAUGCAAACACAUUCGGAUAUAAAAAAAUAUCGUUGUACAAAAUGUUCAAAAACGUUUUCACGUAUGUCAUUGCUUAAUAAACAUAUGGAAAGUUGCAUACAACAUACAACAACCACAACUGCGAUUACAACCAGCACUGAUGAUUGUAGCAGUACUGCUGGAUUUUCGAUUUAA